AUGGCAGAUGUGAGCGCAACGGACGUGGUUGCUUUGGCGGAAGAUAUUGAUGGGGCGGAUUUGGUUAAGAAGAGUGGGAGAGGAGGAAAGGGUGGCAGAGGUGGAAAGGGUGGUGGUGGACAGAGUAGAGAAGUGGUUAUUAGUAAGGCGCUUUCUAAGUUGUUGAGACAUGCGGCCGAGGAUGAGGGUUUGAAGUUAGAUGAAGAAGGGUAUGCUAGAUUGGAUUUGGUGAUGCAAUGGCCUCGCCUCAAAUCUCUUAAACCUACAUUCGCCGAUAUCCGCACCGCCGUCCACGAUAAUGCCAAACAACGUUUUUCUAUGAAGGCCAAUCCCGCACUUCCAACACCUCCUUCUCCAUCCUCGGAGAACCCAUCGGAUUGGGUUAUUCGUGCUAAUCAAGGUCAUUCUAUUGCUAUUGAUUCAGCUACCCUGUUGGUUCCUAUUACUAUCGAGAAGGGUAAUGUGCCAGAAACUUGUGUUCAUGGUACUUAUUUUGCAUUUUACGAGGAAAUUGUAAAAAGUGGAGGAUUAAAGAAGAUGGGCAGGAAUCAUGUGCAUUUUGGAACAGGAGUACCGGAAGAAGGAGGCGUUAUAAGCGGAAUGAGGGGAGAUGCGGAGGUACUGAUUUAUGUGGAUGUUAAAAAGUGUUUGGAAGAGGAACCGGAUGUGAAAUGGUGGGUUAGUGAUAAUGGGGUUGUGCUGUCUGAAGGGAAUGCGGAUGGAGUUGUAGGAACGAGGUUUUGGAAGAGGGUUGAGGGAAGAAAAGAGGGUGGUGUGCUUUGGGAGGAUGGAGUGAAGGUGAAGGAGUUGGAUGAAAGUCUAAAGAACAGAAAGGCGCCGAUGGGGAAGGGAGGAAGAGGUGGUGGGGAAAGAGGAGGUGGAAGAGGUGGAAGAGGACAGGGAAGAGGGGGGAAGGCUAUGGGUGGAACUGCCGAUACUAAUAUAGAAGAAGCUCAACCUGUAGCGGAGACAUAG